GAGAGAGAGAGAGAGUUGUGGCUGGGUUUAGGAGAGAGGUGGAAGGAGGUUUGGUGGAGGGUUAGAUGGUAGUAUACAGGGGUAGCAAGUUUAAAAAAUGUGCAAGCUGCAAAUAAGUAAGAAAAGUAAGUUAGUUCUUUUUAGAUCUCUUUAAGUCUAGAAGCCCAUCUCUAGAUCAAAUUUGGUUGAGUGUGCAAUCCUGUAUUUCUCUGCUUGUAGCCUACUAACCAGAAGUAACUUUCCGUCAGUGAAUCUACUUCUCUGUGCUGCUGCUGAGUCUAACCUUGUCAGCUGCAGUCUGUAAAGGCAUCAGGUUCUGUUGUGUCCAUUUUUUCAGCAGGAGUUUACAUUCCCAUUGACUGGAACUGCUCUGACUUUUCACCAUGAGGAGCUUGUAUGUAUCCGUAGUUCUGCUGCAGCUCAUUGGGACUUGUUUAUGCCAAUUUCCUCGCCCAUGUGCCAAUUCAGAGGGACUACGGACCAAGGAGUGUUGCCCAGUGUGGGAUGGUGACGGCUCAGCCUGCGGUGCCCUGUCAGGCCGUGGUUUUUGCACUGAGGUGGAGGUCUCAGAAGAGCCCCAUGGGCCCCAGUACCCACACAGUGGGAUUGAUGACAGAGAGCGCUGGCCUUUAGCUUUCUUCAACAGGACGUGUCGUUGUGCUGGAAACUAUGGAGGUUUUAACUGUGGCGAAUGCAGGUUUGGUUACUGGGGUUCAAACUGUGCUGAGUACAGGGAGUCAGUGCGCAGGAACAUCCUGACCAUGUCACUUGCUGAGCAACAGAAGUUUAUCUCUUAUCUCAACCUGGCGAAGAACACCAUCAGUCGUGACUAUAUGAUCUCCACAGCAACAAGAGCAGAGAUGGGUGAAAAUGGUGAGAACCCCAUGUUCUCUGACAUCAACACCUAUGACCUGUUUGUCUGGAUGCACUACUAUGUGUCCCGGGACGCCUUCUUGGGUGGGCCAGGGAAUGUAUGGACAGACAUCGACUUUGCCCAUGAAUCUGCAGCAUUUCUGCCCUGGCACCGAGUCUACCUGCUUCACUGGGAGAAUGAGAUAAGGAAGCUGACGGGAGAUUUUAACUUCACCAUCCCAUACUGGGACUGGAGGGAUGCCCAGUCCUGUGAGGUGUGCACCGAUGCUCUGAUGGGCGGACGCAGUCCCCUCAAUCCUAACCUCAUCAGCCCUGCUUCAGUCUUCUCCUCAUGGAAGGUGAUCUGUACCCAGCCAGAGGAGUACAACAGCCGAGAGGCAUUGUGUAACGGCACCGGGGAGGGACCACUGUUACGCAACCCCGGCAACCAUGAUCCCAACCGCACACCGAGACUCCCCACAACAGCUGAUGUAGACUUCACUGUGGGCCUUCCCCAGUACGAGACGGGACCCAUGGACCGAUUCACCAAUAUGAGCUUUAGAAACGUCAUAGAGGGUUUCGCCAGUCCAACGUCAGGUAUGGCAGUGCCAGGCCAGAGCACAAUGCACAACGCCUUGCAUGUCUUCAUGAAUGGCUCCAUGUCCUCAGUGCAGGGCUCAGCCAACGACCCCAUAUUCCUGCUGCACCACGCUUUCAUCGACAGCAUCUUUGAGCGCUGGCUCAGAACCCACCAGCCUCUCCAGACCAACUACCCACGUGCCAAUGCCCCCAUUGGCCACAAUGAUGGACACUACAUGGUGCCCUUCCUGCCUCUCUACAGAAACGGAGACUACUUCCUGACUGAUAAGGUUCUAGGAUUUGAGUAUGCCUACCUGUUGGACCCUGGCCAGAGGUUUGUUCAGGAGUUCCUGACGCCCUACCUCCAGCAGGCCCAGGAGAUCUGGCUGUGGCUCCUGGGAGCCGGGAUCCUCGGGGCGCUGAUCGCUGCAGUCAUCGCCGCGCUGCUUAUUGUUGGAAGAAGGAAGUGGAGGCGUAACCAGAGGAGGAAGAGGGCGCUAAGCUACGAAGAGAGACAGCCAUUACUGCACAGCAGCUCAGAGGAAGGUUCAUCUUCAUAUCAGACUACUAUGUAGCACACACUGAUACUGAACAAACACACAAUAUGAAUGAACUAUUAGGGACACUCAGUAUUUUCAUGAAGCAAAUGAACAAGAUGAAUCCUGGUACAAGAUUUCAUUUUUAUUGAUUUCCCAUAAUAAAUCUAUUUUAAUUUUAAAAUGGUAUCCAGCAGAUAGUUGUGUUGUCUUUGCAUUUGAGAUAUUUACUGCUGAGACUUUGGCACCUCAAUACAAUGGAGCUGUAGUGUAUAUUUUAUUGUGGUGGUAAUAGCGUUGAAAAAUGUCUUUACAGAAACAUUAUCACGUUUAAAAAAAGGAUUUCAAUUAUUUUGAAUUAACUUGAUUUGCAGAGUUUUCAAAUGUUUUAAAUGGUUUUUGAUCACGUUUUUUGUUUUUAGGCAACAAAAACAACAAAAUUUCUCCUCUGUGUAUUUGGUGGUGAAAGAAGACACAGUGGUAGAUAUCUCAGUCAAAACAAGUUAAAGCUACUUAUCACAAGAAGUGAAGGGGAAUUCUUUUUGGGGAUUCAUAGGCAAACUGACCCUUUCAGUUUUGAAAAAGAAAAAUGAAAAAGUAAAGAUUUAUACAGUACACUACAGUAUUUUGUGCCAGGUGAAAGCACUCACCUUGAAGUAUUUACUGUCUAUGAACUACUCAGCAGUCAAUGACAGCAAAGGUGAUGUGGCAUUGUAUGGUACUCUAUUUAACUGUGAUUCUUCGCUUACAAGACACAUACCGUAUGUAAAUACUGUACGUUUAUUUACAGAAGGGAGUCAAAUAAAUUGAUUUGACUAUUGCUCAAGGAAAAGGUUAGCAGGAAAGGAAUUCUUUUAGAUCAUUUCAUCAAGUCAGGCCAGGUCUGCUGUACUGUAGCUGUAGUGAUGGCUCAGGAUGUAAAAAUCACAUUAUUUGCCCCAUCAUACUGAAUAAAUCAGUGUCAGAACAAAGUCUUCACUUCAAAACUACCUCUUUCUCUUCAUUAGUUAAAUUCAUUAUAGUAACUGAGAACUAAACUGCUUUUCUAGAUGUUAUUUGAACAUCAAGAAAAAGGGUCUGUUAAAACCUACAGAGUAUGUACCCCUCUGUGGGGAAUUUGUAUAGGUCAGAAUGGCCAAGUAAGCCCAUUCACAUGUUUUUCUCAUUUUAAACAGUUAACAUAUUCUGUAAGUGUCUUUGAGAAGCAAACUGUUCUACAGAAGUGAAAUCACUGACCAAAUCUCCAAAACACUGUCUUGUGUGUUAGCGCUGGUGCUGAAGGACCACAGUGGUGCUAUUGUGAUCUUUCACAAGUAAAGAAAAUAUAGGUGGUAUCAUGAUAACAAAGAUGAAUCAUGAGUUUGUACAUGCUGCAUUAAAAUCAGAUCCAAUUUUUA